AUGGAUAAACUAUUUUUCAUUGUUCUUGGUACUAUUUUAUUCGGUUCGAGUUAUAGUCAAGAAAACACUACUACGUCAUGUUCCGAUGGUAAUCCAACCUUUGAUUGCUUCGACACUCUACAAACUGAGGUGGCUGAAAGCCGAGCUAAUAAUGACACAUCAUCUUAUUGUCGGUCAGUAAAGAAAUAUAUAAAUUGUGUAGAAGGCGUGGUUUGUAAAUGUGGAAUGGCUAGCAGUGCGUCUGUGUAUCGAGCUUUAACAUACUACGCUGCAGUUUAUAAACAAAAUGGAUGCGAAUUUGAAGCUGACCACGAUCUGAUAGUAGAACCAGGCAUCACGUGUCAAGAUGACAAUACAACAGAAGGGAAUAAUACCAUUGACCAAGGACUUCUGGUUCUAUCUUUAGAUACAAUUCCUGCAGUGCUAUCUGUGAGUGAAGUCUGUCCUGGUGUUAAAACCUGCUACAGUGAUUAUAGUAAGAGAUUAGAACAAGCUCUAUACAAUAAAGAUUUAGAUGCUGCCUGUAUAGGUAUGGAAAUGACAAUACCGUGUAUAGAGAGAGCUGCCUGUAAAUGUCAAGAAACUAAUAACUCGAUAUUAACAGAAUUAUUACAUCAAGAACAAUUCGAUUACAAUAACCUUUGUACAAUAAUAACUGGAGGUGUUUUCUUUGAUGAUGACAUUGAUUGCUCAGAGGUUGGUCCAGUAAGUACUUGUGAAGCUGAAAAUCCUAUAUCCGACUGUUAUCAGACCUAUUCUAAUUCUAUUGGUACCGAUUACACAGAUCCGAAUAUAAUGUGUCCAGCAAUAAUGAAGUUUAUCAACUGUUCUGAAAGUGUAGCCUGUCAAUGUGGUUUACAGACAUCGGCUUCAAUCUUACAUAGUUUAACAAUGUCAACAACCAACCAUCAGGUGCUAGGCUGUAACUUUGUGACUGGUGACAUGACAGUAAGACCAGGGAUUCAGUGUCCAGGUGAUUCGAGGUUCAAUGGUUCUGAUAAAGAUGCUAUUUUGAUUUCUAUGGGUCUUUUAAAUAAUGUUGAUGUAAUAGAUAAUAUUAAGUUAUGUGCUGAUAUUGAAGAAUGUUAUAUUGUAUCUGAUAGUGAAACGGCGGCAGCUUUACACAAUAAAGACGGUGUUUCUCUUUGCCAAGCCCAGAGUAAUUUUAUACAUUGUUCAGAGCAAGCAGUGUGUAAAUGUGGUAAAUAUACUGACAGGGAAUUUCAAAACUGGUUAACAGAACAAAAACGGGAUCAUUUGGAUUUAUGUGUUAGUGAUACGUCUAUUGAAGCUUCAUAUACGUGUGAUUUUUGUCAAGAAACUAACCAGUUAAGCCAUUGUUAUGAAGAUUUACAAAGAGUGUUUAAUAAAGCUAGUUAUACUAUUACUGAAUGGUGCAUUGCUGUAGAAACGUUUGUAAAAUGUGUUGAAAAUGUUGGUUGUACAUGUGGUAUAGAAAACGAUCCAGAACUUCUCAAGUCGAUUUCUUAUUAUAUACAUCUAUAUAACCAAAAGAUUUGCUUUUUCUAUACAUCUGGAGUUCACAUUAGCAGUCCUGGUAUUCUGUGUCCAGGAAUAAAUGUGACUGGUACCGCUGCAGAACGAGGACUGCUAGUCUUAUCUUUAGAAACACUUCCAGAAGUUAUAAACCUAGACAGAAUGUGUUCAGGUGUUAAACAGUGCUAUAAAACAUUCAGUGAUAAAGGUGGUAUAGCUCUGUAUAGUAAAGAUCUGGCAGAAUUUUGCAGAGCAAAUGAAGAUUUUUUAGCUUGUUACGAGCCAACCGUUUGUAAAUGUGACAUGAACGAUUCGCCAGAUAUCGUCAAAAAGAUUGAAGAAGAACGCACGACCUACAAUGCUGUCUGUUCUGAAAUCACUGAUAAGAUAUAUAGUGUAACCGAGAAAAUAGAUUGUAAGAGUGUUUUGCCAGUUGAUGAGUGUCAAAUCUCCAAACCAUAUAGGAAGUGUGAGAUAUACCUUGAGACUGGUCAGGAUCCGAACAAACCAGAUUCUGUAUCACAGUGUCCUGGUUACAAAGCAUUUAUAUCCUGCACAGAAGAUAUAGCUUGUAAAUGUGGAUUGCAACAGUCCGUUGAUGUUUUGCGGGCUUUAACAUUAAUAACCCAGACCUACUUGGAAGAAAACUGUGCAGAGAUUUCAGGUUUGAUCUCAAUUCCUAAUGGUAUUCCAUGUCCUGAUAACAGCCCUAAUGAAGGAAGUUCCAGUAAUGGUAGAUUGUUAUCAUUAGGUUUAUUACAAGCAUCCCAACCACAGGCAAUAGUCGGUCAUUGUUCUGGUACUAGAGAUUGUUUUCAAGAAGCUGAUACAUCUCUAGCCACGGCUUUACAUGAACGAAAUGCUUCAAAAUUGUGCAAAUCGCAUGCUGAAUUAUUAAGUUGUAUAGAUGUAGAAGGUUGUAAGUGUAAUAUAAGAGAUAAAGAUGAAUAUAAGACUUGGUAUGAAAUAAGUAAAAAACAACACAAAGCAGACUGUACACCAGAUACACCUGUUAUAGAAGUUAGAACUUGUCCGACAUCUUCCGCAUCAAAACAAGGCAACGGACAGACAACAUUGGUACAGAUUUAUAUUAUGGUCACAUUGUUAUUUUCAGUUAUUCUUUUAAUAUAA